AUGGUGUCCUGUUCUGACGAUGUCCUUCACAUGACCGACGAAAGCUCAGCAAGGAUUCAUCGGGGUCGCAAGGCUGUGCGCCGAGGAACUACCCGCACAAUGCUAGAAGCACAACUCCAAGACGAUCCUCCUAUAGCUUCCGGUGAGGCCAACUUACAAAUUCCUUCCACUCAUCUCUCCAAACGAAAUGAAAGUUACUCAUACAUUAAUUUGUUAAGGGAUACUUCUAAAAUCAGUUUUUCUGCAAUUCUGUUUGGCUUCUUGUGUUUUCUUGACAGGACAUAUGCAUUUGUGGGCCUGGCCUCUCGUUAUCAAAAUGUGGCCAUUUCCCACUUCAAUUCUUUCUCAUUUUUCACGCACGGUCGCAUGUAA